AGACAGCUCACAAGUAUAAAUUAGCAGAAUGAACCAAAUUAGGGUGCUCAUUAAUUAGUCAGCACUGUUCAAAUAUGGCCAGCAAAAUUAUGUACUUGGCUCUGGCCAUCUGUGCAACUACUGCAGUGGCCGCUUCAGCAAUCCCGGAGACCCGCAUCGUGGGUGGCUCCCCGACUACUAUUGAGGAGUUCCCUUACAUCGUCGCCCUUGUCUAUUUCUACCCAGGACCUGGAAUUUACGUCCAACGCUGUGUUGGCUCCCUAAUCUCUUCCUGGCACGUUUUGACAACGUCGUUCUGUUUUAUUGGAGCCAAUUUAAACUAUAUGCUCAUCCGAGCGGGAUCCACUAAUAGCUUGAACGGGGGUGUACUGUCAACCGUUCGAGACGUGAUCAAGCACCCUAACUACGUAGAGGCGCCUAGACAAGCAGACAUUGCAGUGGUUGUGCUCAACUUCCCCGUAUCUCCUAGCGACACUAUUGGAAUUUUAUACUUACCUCCCCUCAACUGGUACAUUCCCGACGGAACUUCCGUGAAGAUUGUCAGCUGGGGAUUCGAAUCGGAACAAGGACCUCAACUGGAGACGUUGAAAACCGUGAAUCUAAAUAAACUCCCUCUUGCCGACUGUCAAGCGGUUUACGCUGACAGCGAUGCCGUUGUCAUUGAGGACCCUGUGAUCUGCGCCAGUCAACCAGGACCUAUAGGAAUGUGUCUUGGCGACUCCGGAGCACCCAUGGUUAUACAAAACGUAGUUGUUGGUUUGGCGUCUUAUUACCAGGGCUGUGGUGACAACGCCUGGCCUGACGUCUUCACCAGAAUCGACAGAUAUACCGACUGGAUACUCGACGUCGCAGUGGCGCCCUCUGCUUCUUCUAACUUUACUAACGUUAAGGUAGCUGUUCCUACCAUAUAAAACUGUGAUAUUAAUAUUUAUUUCGAAUUAUUUAUUAUGUUUUUUUUUGGCGUGAAAGAUCUCAAAAAUCUAAAUUAUAUUUGACGAAAACAAGAUUUUAUAAAAAUAUUUUAUUCAAUAAA